CAGAGAUCCGAACCCUUUGAACCUCCAUCAAGAAACUUUUCUGUUCUUGUUCAAAGGCUCUGGGGUUAGCAAACCAGAUGCUGCUUCUCUUUUGAUCGAUUUCAUGGGUUUUUGCUGGGUCUUUCAUUUUGCAAAUGUAUAAGCUGUUUUUGGCCUCUAGCACAAACAAGAGCAAGAUAUCCCUGUUUCUGUCUGCUCAAAGAUUCUUGCUUUUUGAUAGGCCGAGAUGCUCUUUUCUCGAAAAAUCAACUCUUAAUCGCAGAUUACAGACGCCAGUAGGGGAUCUUCACACAAAAUCCCAAAGUACUCACAGAAUUCGAUCCACAUCAACCACAAAUAAUUUUCAUAAUUGUUGGGUGAUAAAGGAUGACAUAUCCCUCCAAAAGAAAUUUCCACUCUUGCAAUUAGAAAGGUUUUUUUCUACCAAACCAACCCUACUUGAAGAUGCUAUCGAUCAGCUCCCCAAUUCCAAUCAAGGAUACAGUUCAACAACUCCAUUUCACAUUUUUCAGAAAAGAUGGAAGUCGUUGUUUUUAUUCUUCUUGACAUCUUCUGCAACAUUAUCUUUUUUCCUUUAUAACAAGUACGAAGACGAGUGCCAGAGAUUUCUAGCUUUUCAUUUGUCAAAUUAUUUGACUGAAAACUCAAAAUUUGUCAUCAAUCUUGAGAAAGCUGUAUUUAUUCCCGGUCCAAACUCUUUUACAUUUCAAAACUGUUUUAUUUCUAAACGACCCAAAGACUAUCUUAAUGAUGAUGGCAACUACACUCAAUAUGAUCUUGAUAUCAAAGAAAUCAAAAUGUCUAUAUCUUUAAUCAAAUGGUUCAAUUCUAGAGGCUUAAUUAAAACCUUACACAUGAAAUGUAUUAGAGGUACUGUUGAUAGAACCCAUGUUAAUUGGGAACCAAAUGAUGAUCCCAGAAACUAUAAAAACAUCAAAAGUCCAGGAGACUUUGAAAUUGAAAAUUUUGUGAUGGAAGAUCUAUUGAUUAAAUUGUUACAACCCGAUAACUUCAGACCCUUUAACAUCUCAAUUUAUAAUUGCAACUUGAACAAAUUGCGUCAAAAUUGGUUUUUCUAUGAUUUUUUAAAUGCAAGGAACAUCAAUGGCUCAUACGAUAACUCACUAUUCAGUAUCUAUACUAGAUAUAACUCUAAUUCAAAAAAUUUAAUAACCAGGUUAAGAGUUGACGGAUUAAAUGUCGAUCAUCUAAACACUGGCUUGGAAGGUCCCUUUGGUUGGAUAAGUAGUGGUAAAGUUGAUAUGAUAGGUGAUGUCAUUAUACCGAAUGAAAAUACCAUAAACUUAACAGAAUUUAUAUCAAAUUUAGCUGAAAAUAUCUCUAAUGAAGCUAAAAGAAUAUACUAUAGCAAAACUGAUUACUUGAACAAAUACAAUACUGAAACUUCCAAUUUUAAACUAGAAGAAGAAUUUAAAAAUUUAUCAAAAAAUAAAUUGCUGAAUCCUUAUUUAAACUCGGACCACAUUUCAACUAAAAUAAAAGAAAAAGAAAAGGAAAUCUCAAAAAACUUGAAUGAAUAUUUUGUGUUAGAUUUGAAAAUCAAACUAAACAAUGUCAAAGCACAAAUCCCAUUUUCAACGCCUGAACUAUCCUAUGUUAAUUACGCCUUGAUUGCUCCAAUUGUUGGAUAUAUUAACUCUAGAAAUACUUAUAUUCCAAUCAAAUGCAGAAUUGUUAAGGAUAUGCAUGAUUUUGAUGGAAGUUGGACUAUCUAUGAUUGCUUGUUGAUGGACGAUAUUUCAACAAAAGUCUAUGAUGCAUUUGUAGAUUAUGUCGUGGACGAAAAUUCAAAAAUUAGACGUUUGAAAAAAGUUGGUUACUGGAGUCUUCAGAAAUUUGUUCAACUUGUGCUAAUGACAAUCGCCGUAUAAACUGCACUACUAAUCUCUGGUUUUUGCCACUGCAUUUUGCAUUUUGCAUUUUGCAUUUUGCAUUUUGUAUUGUAAAUGUUAUAUUUUUUAUUUCAUAUGUAUAGUGUCAAGAAAUUUAAAUCAAAAAAAAAUGAAAAAAAAAAUGUAAAUUAACACUACUAUAAGUAUAAAACAAAUCUCAAACAAAAAUAUGAUCUACCUACUAAUUGUACAAGCUACUUAUCUUUGACGGGGAGCACUGAAGUCUAAUCUCACAGCUCUUCCAUCGAUAUACUCUCCAUUAAGUUUUUCUAAAGCAUUUUUGGCAUCAUCAAUCGAUUUGAAUUGAACAUAACCAAAACCCUUUGGUUUUUCAGUUUCUCUAUCAGUUGGAAUACG